CCGGAAGCGGCCCGAGUGGACAGGGUGCUCCGGCUGCCACAGCCCCGGCGGACCCGCGGCUCGACCGGAGGCGCGGGCCCUGCUGCCGCGUCCAAACUUGGAGCGCUUGACCUUUGGCUGCCGGAGGGGGCAGACCCCGCGGGGUGCUUGGACAGCUGCGGCGCCGUGAGGGCAUCCUGCCCGGGGUUCCGGGACCGUCGGCUGCACUCCUGGGCGCCCGGCUCUACCUCCGGGAUCCCGAGGUGUCCACAUCAGGCGCAUGCUGGCCGCGACCUGGAGACAUGGAUGUGUGCGCCGGUCUUGCCCUCUGGCUCUUCUGGGGGCUUCUCCUGCACCAGGGCCAGAGCCUCAGCCAUGGCCACAGCGAGAAGACAGCAGGAACCGGUUCGGGGGCCGGUUCUGAGGAGUCCACCGCGGCAGAGUUUUGCAGGAUUGACAAGCCCCUGUGCGACAUUGUGGAUGAAAAGCUCAGCUUUGACGCUGUCCGCAGUAUCCACAAGCUGAUGGAUGAUGAUGCCAAUGGUGAUGUGGAUGUGGAGGAAAGUGAUGAGUUCCUGAGAGAAGACCUCAAUUACCAUGACCCCACAGUGAAGCACAGCACGUUCCACGGGGAGGACAAGCUCAUCAGUGUGGAGGACCUCUGGAAGGCAUGGAAGUCCUCAGAAGUGUAUAACUGGACCGUGGAAGAGGUGGUACAGUGGCUCAUCACCUAUGUGGAGCUGCCGCAGUACGAGGAGACCUUCCGGAAGCUGCAGCUUGGUGGCCAUGCCAUGCCGAGGCUAGCUGUAACCAACACCACUAUGACGGGGACGGUUCUGAAGAUGACAGACCGGAGCCAUCGGCAGAAGCUUCAGCUGAAGGCUCUCGACACAGUGCUUUUUGGACCUCCUCUCUUGACCCGGCACAAUCACCUCAAAGACUUCAUGUUGGUGGUGUCCAUCGUUAUUGGUGUGGGUGGCUGCUGGUUUGCCUAUAUUCAGAACCGUUACUCCAAGGAGCACAUGAAGAAAAUGAUGAAGGAUCUGGAGGGCUUACACCGAGCGGAGCAGAGCCUGCAUGACCUUCAGGAAAGGCUGCACAAGGCCCAGGAGGAACACCGCACAGUGGAGGUGGAGAAAGUACAUCUGGAGAAGAAGCUGCGUGAUGAGAUCAACCUUGCCAAGCAGGAAGCCCAGCGCCUGAAGGAGCUUCGGGAGGGCACUGAGAAUGAGCGGAGCCGACAGAAAUAUGCUGAGGAGGAGUUGGAGCAGGUUCGGGAGGCGUUGAGGAAAGCGGAGAAGGAGUUGGAGUCACACAGCUCAUGGUAUGCUCCAGAAGCCCUUCAGAAGUGGCUGCAGCUGACGCACGAGGUGGAGGUGCAGUACUAUAACAUCAAGAAGCAAAAUGCCGAGAAGCAGCUGCUGGUGGCCAAGGAGGGGGCUGAGAAGAUAAAGAAGAAGAGAAACACGCUCUUUGGUACCUUCCAUGUGGCCCAUAGCUCUUCCCUGGAUGAUGUGGAUCACAAAAUCCUGACGGCUAAGCAAGCACUAAGUGAGGUGACGGCAGCACUGCGGGAGCGCCUGCACCGCUGGCAACAGAUCGAGAUCCUCUGUGGGUUCCAGAUUGUCAAUAACCCUGGCAUUCACUCACUGGUGGCUGCUCUCAACAUCGACCCCAGCUGGAUGGGCAGCGCCCGGCCCAACCCUGCCCACUUCAUCAUGACUGACGACGUGGAUGAUAUGGACGAGGAGAUCGUGUCGCCCUUGUCCAUGCAGUAUGCUGCCUGGCUGAUGGGGCGUAGGUUCAGUGACCGUUCUCUCUGCUCUGCAUCCGCCGGCUCGGAUGAUCAGUCCCUCUGGAAAUACCCGGCCCCGAGCCUGCAAAGCAGUGUCCGACAGCGCCUGACGGAACCGCAGCAUGGCCUAGGAUCUCAGAGGGAUUUGACCCAUUCCGAUUCGGAGUCCUCCCUCCAUAUGAGUGACCGCCAGCGGAUGGCCCCCAAACCUCCUCACAUGGUCCGUGCUGCAGAUGAGGCUGUCAGUGCCAUGACUUCCAAUGGCAGCCACCGGCUGAUUGAGGGGGUCCACCCAGGGUCUCUGGUGGAGAAACUGCCUGACAGCCCUGCCCUGGCCAAGAAGGCACCGCUGGCGCUGAACCAUGGGCUGGAUGUGGCCCACAGCCUGAUGGAGCUGAGCCCCUCCAUUCCACCUAGUGGCUCUCCACCCUUGGAUUCUUCCCGUUCCAACAGCCCCAGUUCCCCAGACCCAGACACACCAUCUCCAGUCGGGGACAGCCGAGCCCUGCAGGCUAGUAGAAAUACACGUAUUCCCCACCUAGCUGGCAAGAAGGCGGUAGCUGAGGAGGAUAACAGCUCCAUUAGUGAGGAGACAGACUCUAGCCCAGGCCGGAAGAAGUUUCCCCUCAAAAUCUUUAAGAAGCCUCUUAAAAAGUAGGCAGGAUUGGGCUGGUAGUCCUUUCCUGGGUCUUCUGCCUCCCUGUUCUCCUCCCCCAAGGUACCUGGGCCCUAGAGUGGGGGCAUGGGCCAGGCUGGCCCAGGGGCCUGGGCACUAUACAUACCCACCCCCCUCGUCCUUGGGUCCUUCAACAUUAUUUAUUAACUGACCACCUUGGCCUGCCUGCCCUGCCUUCCUCCCAACUGUGGGCUGCUGCUGUCACUUCCUCUCCACUUCAGUGCAUGUCUUAGUUGCUAUGUCUUCUCUGCCCCUCAGCUCCCAGCUCCACUCUGGGUUCCAGCUUCUGCCUCUGCCGCCCCAGUUUUGAGGUUUGGUUUCUUGUUUCUCUCAGUCUUCUGAUUUCCGGCCCCUCCCUUCACCCACUCCCCAACUUCCCUUAGCUGUGGGGAAGAUCGGUGGCGUAACUUCUGACACAGUGUCUCGGCUUAGCCCCACUCCACCCAGGAUGGUUCUGUUUGUCCCAGGCUGGGGCCUAGAGCUUAAUUUGGGGGGGCUUGUUCUUUGGGAGUGUGGUAGUCCUGAGAACCCUUAACUGGGAACUCACUUAGGCCUCCAGAAGACCACAGGGAAGUGAAGCCAACUCCCAGGAAAUAAACCACCAAAGAUUUUUGAAGAGAGGCCAAGCGAGGGGAUGGAGAGACCGCUCUUAGUUGAACGAUGAGUGGAUGCCAGACUGUGCUACCAGGCAGUCACCUUUUUCCUCCCACCCAUCCCUUCUCCCUGUUUCCCACUCUGCAGGAGGGUUUGUCUCUAAGAGGUGCUGCCCCAAUGCUCCCCAAGCACCCAUACCUCUGGGGCUCAGGACAAUUGGCUCUGUGGCCAUGGGAGCCAGAGCCAUGACAUAGGGCUCGAAUGGGGCCCUGCAGCUGUUGGGUAAUGAAACUGUUGCAUUUGAACCAAAAGACAAAAGUUUAACCAUUAAAAAAGAAAUCUCCUGAAUUUCCCAAGUGCCUGCUCCACAAACUCCCCUUGUUAGACCCUAUUUUCAUGUUGCUGCAGAGCCUGGGCCAGAGGCUCAAAAAGGACACGACCAGUUAGGGAAGGGGUGGCUAAGGAAGAUGGUGGAGGUGGAGGCGGCUGUAUGACCACUCUCCCCCGCCCUCCCUUCCCAGCCUCUAGACAACUCCCUCCCUUUACCUGUUUUUUGCUAUGGCUGUAAAGGUAUUUUCCCUCUGCCACACUCCCAGUCAUGCCUCUACCCUGGGGUCCUAUUUUAGGACUGGGAUGGGUAUACCUGGGGCUGGUCUUAGGAGGCUGCAAGGUGACAGACUGCCUUGUACCCUCUGGACCCUCUCACAUGGGUUUUUCUGUGUCAUUUCAUAAGACUCUUUGAAGUCCAAUAAAGCAUGUAGGAGAUUUUAA